GCGCACGUCACGAUCAUGAUGAGAAUUAAUGAUCGGGGCCGCUGAUUUCAUUGUGUGACGCCGGGACCGACCCAGCCGAGCCCGGCCGAGCCCGGAGCCCCCGCGCCGGCCCCGCGCUACACGUGCCAAUGUGUUGCCAACCAGCUGGACACCUGGCUUCCCAAAAGCUCACAAGCUUAGCUUGUUUGCUGAGCUUGGCAAGUCAAGAUCAAAAUGAAAUUAUGAUAAAAAUCCAUGUGGAUUUCUAAUUUGGAGUCUGAGGUUCAAGACAAAGAUGAAUCUGCGCUCUGUGUUUACUGUAGAACAACAAAGGAUAUUGCAGCGUUACUAUGAAAAUGGAAUGACAAAUCAAAGUAAAAAUUGCUUUCAGCUCAUAUUGCAGUGUGCGCAAGAAACUAAACUGGAUUUCAGCGUGGUCAGGACGUGGGUUGGCAACAAGCGGCGGAAGAUGAGCAGCAAGAUCGCCGUGGAAUCUGGGGGCACCCCCCCGAGCACUGCCCCCGCCACUCCCUCCGUGCCUCCGGAGGCAGCCGUGAGAAACGUGGUGAAUAUUGCUCGAUCCCAAAGCCAGCAAUCCUCUUGGACCUCUUCUAACAAUGAUGUGAUCGUGACCGGGAUCUACAGCCCCGCCGGCUCCUCGGGCCGCCCGGGAGCCGCCAAGCACACGAACGCCGCCGUGGCGGAGCUGCACAAAACCUCCAUCCCACGGCUCCCGGGCAAGAGCGACGCGGACUUCCAGCAGCAGCACAUCCCUCUGGGACGGCAGGUGCCCCACUGUAAAAACGCGUCCCUCUUGGUGGGGGAAAAGACCAUUAUUCUAUCCAGGCAAACGAGCGUGCUCAAUUCUGCGAACUCCAUCUACAGUCACACGAAGAAAAGCUACGGCAGCUCCUCGGUGCAGACGGCGGAGCUGGUGUUACCUCAGAAACCCAUGAUCUGCCACCGGCCCUGCAGGGCCGAGCCCUUGGCGUGCCAGCGCUUGCACAAGGCCGAGCCCGCGGCCCUGGCGCCGCACGUUCCCCCGGGGCCCAGGGCUCACCCCCGGGAGCCGGGCUGCGGCACCCAGAACCUGGAGAUCCGCGAGGUGUUCUCGCUGGCCGUCACGGACCAGCCGCAGCGCCUGGUGCCGGGCAGCGCCGCGCAGAAAGCGCCCUCGCUGGAGGGCAGCUGCCUGUCCAUCGCCAUGGAGACCGGCGACGUGGAGGACGAGUACGCCCGCGAGGAGGAGCUGGCCUCCAUGGGGGCGCAGAUCCAGAGCUACUCCCGCUACUGUGAGGGCAGCGGCUCCGGCCGCAGCGGGGACAACCAAAGCGCGGCCGGGCCGGGCCGCAGCGGGGGCUGCGGGGCACAGCUGGGCCCUGCCCGCGACGGGCCCGACAAUCUCCUGUACCACAGCCGAGAGUUCCACCUGCCCGCACGGACCUCAUUGCACACCGCGUCCAGCACGAUUUAUAACCCUGCCAACGCAGCCAGAAGUACCUUUUCUCCUCAUUUUACAUCUUCAAGUCAACUGAGGCUGUCACAAAACCAAAAUAAUUACCAGAUUUCAGGAAACCUUACUGUGCCUUGGAUUACAGGUUGUUCCAGAAAAAGAGCAUUACAGGACCGCACACAAUUUAGUGACCGAGACUUAGCUACCCUAAAGAAAUACUGGGACAAUGGCAUGACCAGCCUGGGCUCAGUCUGCAGAGAGAAAAUUGAAGCUGUGGCUGCAGAAUUAAAUGUUGACUGUGAAAUAGUUCGGACUUGGAUUGGGAAUCGAAGACGGAAAUAUCGUUUAAUGGGGAUUGAGGUCCCACCCCCUAGAGGAGGUCCUGCUGAUUUCUCUGAUCAAUCUGAAUUUGUUUCUAAAUCAGCACUUAAUCCAGGAGAGGAAACUGCUACUGAAGUGGGGGAUGAUAAUGAUAGGAAUGAUGAAGUGUCAAUCUGCUUAUCUGAAGGAAGCUCACAAGAAGAGACAAAUGAAGCUCUUCAAAAUGAAGAAAUUUGCCACAAAGAUGAUGACCAGAAUCCAGUUUCCACUGAUAAUGUGAAAAUAGAAAUUUUAGAUGAUGAGGAGAGUGAUCUGAUCAGCAAUUCUGAAGUGGAUCAGAUGAGUUCUCUUCUGGAUUACAAGAAUGAAGAAGUCAGGUUCAUCGAGAGUCAGCUGGAGAGCCACAAACAGAAAUACUUUGAGCUGCAGACGUUCACCCGCAGUUUGAUACUUGCAAUUAAAGCAGAUGAUAAGGAACAGCAGCAGGCUCUGCUUUCAGACUUACCUCCUGAGCUGGAAGAGAUGGAUUUCAACCACACCUCGCCGGAGCCCGACGAUACCUCAUUCAGCCUCUCGUCGCUGUCGGAGAAGAACGCCUCAGACAGUUUGUGAUGCUCUGUCCUGGAGACCAGCACAAACCCCAGGGAGGUGCAGAGCAGAGACAGAGACACAGAGAGGCUUUGCUCUGCAGUGUUCUCAGCCUGGCUCCUCACAGCCUUGCAGUGCCCAGGAGUUGGCAGUGCUGGCUUUGGGAAAUGGAAGAGGUGAGGGAAGGGUGCACUGCGAGCAGCUCGGCCUCGGGUAGGAUUAACUUUGAUCUCCAGAACAGCUCUGGCUCUGUAGCAAAGUCUUUUUUGAGCAGGGAUGCAAGAGUGGGAAACACACCCAGUGAAUUCUCCAGCUCCACGUGCUCCCUAGGCCUGUUUAUUAUAUUUUUCCCCAUUUUUACUCAGGUAGGUGGACUAAAAAUUGGGGAUCCAAAUAGAAUAACAGGCUUUCUCUGAGUUGUGCUUGAAAACCUGAAAUUAAACUGAAGUGGUUUUUGUUUUCUGAUUUGAGAUUGUUAAAUCUUCCAUUUUUCUGACCAAAAUAGCUGAAAAAAACCUUGAAAGGCUAACUGAAAAAAUUGAAUUAUCAUGAAUAAAUUAUUAAUGCAAAGAAGCAGUGAUAAGUGUUGGAAGAAAUGAGGUGGAAAUGGGAACCCUGAUAGCUGCAGGAUACAACCUCCUAAUACAGUAGCAAUGGGAUUGGAUGUUUACACUCUGUAGAGUUUAAUGAUUGUAGUCACAGUUUUUAUUUGUCAAAGCCUGAAUGCUAAAGUACUGCUUAUUAUUUUAAUUCUUGGGUAUAUAUUUCUCCACAAACUUUGCUCCAGUUUACCAAGCCAGUCAGAAUUCCCCAGCUGUCACUGCACCCUGCAAGGUUUCCCAGUGUUGGAAGUGAGCUCUGCCCAUCUGCUUUGAAGCCCUGCCUGGUGCAUUUUUUGGCCAAUGCCAUUUCUAAACUGUGAUCUGGAUUGCAGGCAGGGGCUGAAGUGAAUUUUCUUCUUUCCCAGAGCUGUUGGCACUGAAUCCCCUCAGUGCUGUGGUGGGAUGGCUGUGCAGGGGUGUCCAGGUGGAUUCAGGGGGUGUGCUGGGGUCCAGGGAAUGCCUGGCCAAGGCAGGGGUGCUGUGCUUGAGCUGACAGGGUGGGGACCAGUCCAGGCAGGUCAGUCCUGGAGCUCUUCUCCUCCAGGGUGGGUCUGUGGGAUGCUGCGGGUGCCUGCCCAUGGCAUUGGUGCUCCAAUUCCAGCCUGGAUAUCCCUCAGCAAGCAUUUUUACACAAAUGCUUCAGUCUGGUAAAAAACCUGAUCUUCCCAUUUUAUGCCAAAUAAUAAUUGACUCUGGGGAAUCCUUGUUCAUGCAGUGAGUAACUCCCUUAAUUGCAGUGGGAGGUCCAAGGUGUAGCUCAGAAAAUCCAGAGUGUUGGGGAAAUAACAUCUUUUUUCCUUUAAUACUGGGAUUAGACUCAGGUUUUAGGGUUUUCUCAGCCUGAUCAGUUCCUCCCUAAUCACUUGUACAGCUCUUUCUGUUUGUUACCAGUAGUGAGCUCUGUUCUUUCAGGUUUUCAGUCUCUCCUCUCCUUGGGCACGGGGAGCUUUUAGCAAUACUGUUAAACACCAGCUGCAGAAAGGGUAGGAAUGCUUUUAAAAGGUGUUCUGAGAAACCAAACUCUCACAGUUCUGCCCCCUGUACAGUUCUGUAAGUUCCCAGCAGAGCCACCCUUCCACAGGGAAAUCCAGAGUUCCAGGCCCGUGUGUGAGCUGGGGCAUUUAAAACUCAGAGUGGGAAUGAGUUUGUGAGCAGAGCUCACAGUGCUGUCCUGCACAGAUGGGACAGGGCUGAGCUGGAAUUCUCUGCAAAACUCAUUUAUAAAGGGUUUUCUAUGCCAGGCUGACAAUGGUUUCUAUUGCUGUUCUCUUUGGACAGGAAAUCUGUGCCACUGACAAUGAAACCUCUUGUUUUCUGUAAAAUUAACAUAAAAUAGUGCUGGGAGCUGCCACUGUUUGGACCCUGUUUUUCUGCUUCUUCCACUUGAAUUCCCAUGACAGAGAUCAGGAUACUCUUUAACAGGAGUUCUCAAUUUCAUGGUCAAUUAAAUCAUCUGCCUUCCUGCAGGAAAAACUUCCAUUGAUGAUUCCUACUUUGCUGUCUUGCUGCUGUUUCAUACCCAAACAAAGGGAAGGGAUGGAUUUUGAAUGAACUGUUUGCUAGACACAAGCAAUGAUGUCAGUCCCUGUUCUCCAGGGAGCUGGGAUACCCUUGGAUUGCAGCUGAGGUGAGCUGCA